AUGCGCGCGACUUCCCCGCCUGACGAAGAGAUGGCGGAGUCCCCCACCGCGAAGAGAAAGCGUGAGGAGAAAGAUGGAGAGAACGGGACGGCCGCGUCCCAAGGGGAAAGCGCCGCCGGCAGCUUCCCCUUAGCUGAGAUGUCCGUCCGGAAAGUGCUUAGGGAGUCUGCGCGGGACAAGACGAUCUUCCUACACGGGCAGGUGAACAGCGCUUCCGGGGAUGGGACGGAUGCUGUCGUGAUUCUGGAGAAGACUCCCUUCCAGGAGGAUAGCAUCGCCGAGCUUCUAAAGAAACACACCCAGCUCCAGCUACAGAUGUCCAAUGAUAUCUACAGCACUUACCACCUUUACCUUCCUCCUGAACUGAACGGGAUAAAAACAACCGUGGUGUACCCAGCAACGGAGAAACACCUCCAGAAAUACUUGCGUCGGGAAGUGUAUCUCAUCCAGGAGACAGGGGAGGAUUACAAGAACAUUACUCUCCCUUUUAUACAAUCUCAGAGCUUCAGCAUUCAGUGGGUAUACAACAUCCUGGAGAAGAAGGCUGAGGCUGAUAGAAUCGUCUAUGAAAACCCAGACCCUGCGGAUGGUUUUGUCCUCAUUCCAGAUUUAAAAUGGAAUCAAAAACAGCUAGACGAUUUGUACUUAAUUGCCAUCUGCCACUGCCGGGGAAUCAAGUCACUGAGGGACCUUACAGCUGAGCAUCUGCCUUUGCUUCGGAACAUCUCACAGGAGGGGAAGGAAGCCAUCGUGAAGCGCUUUGGCAUCGCUGGGACCCGGCUUCGGGUGUACCUGCAUUACCAGCCAUCCUACUACCACCUCCACGUACAUUUCACCGCCCUGAGCUACGAUGCUCCGGGAUGCUCUGUGGAGCGAGCCCACCUCCUCUCGGACGUGAUCAGUAACCUGGAGCUCGACUCCUGGUACUACGAAAAACGCCCAUUGGCCUUUGCACUUCGGGCCGAUGAACCGCUGCUGAAGAAGUUCCAGGAAGCAGGUCGGGUCUGAGCUCUUGAAGGCUGCUGGAAGAAACGUUACCCUUUCGUACGGCUCGUUUUGCAUUGGCUUUAUGGCAUUUUGUUUACGGUUUUAUAAGAUUAGGGUUCUAUUUUCAUUCCUCUUGUCGCCGGAGCGUUGUUGUUGUUUUCUAUCAAUAAAUGGCUCUGUACUGGA